CUUGUAUCUUCAUCUCCCUCUCUUUCUCUCUCUCUCUAUACAUGCAUAUACACACACACACAUAUGAACAGCCUCUUCUUCCACACAUGUUCGAAUUUCCUCUCUCAAGCCUUCUUCCUCCUCCUCACAUCUAAAAUCCCUAACCCUAGUUAUCGAAAACCCAGUCGCUGCUACAGGUUCUUCUCCAAUCAAUCAUCUCUCUCCGUCACCGGAAAAUCCCUCAUCAGACCCAAGCCUGACCCUAAUUUUGACUGCAAUGAUUUCACCACCAUUUGUGACCUCCUCACAAACCCUAGCUAUCUACCCGGUCCUACCAUCGAAGCUGCCUUGGACCGGACCGGAAUCGAAUUGGGUCCGUCUCUGUUACAGCAGAUUUUCGAUCGUUUUGGUUCGUCUCCUAAACUCAUGCUCAGUCUGUUCCUCUGGUCUGAGAGGCAACCCGGGUACAGAUCUUCGGUGGACAUCUUCAACGCCAUGGUCAAGGUGUUUGCUAGAGCUAAAGAGUUUGAGUCUGCGUGGUGUUUGAUUCUGAAUCGGCUCAAACGGCCAAUCGAGGGACCAAAUAUGGAUUCCUUUGCCAUUCUUAUUCGACGGUAUGCUCGCGCAGGUAUGACCUUACCUGCUAUUAGAACAUUGGAAUUUGCUUGCAGUUUGGACUUAAUGUGCAAUUCAAAUUCAAAACUGGAUUUGUUUGAGAUUUUAUUGGACUCCUUUUGCAAGGAAGGACUUGUUUGGGAAGCAUCAGCAUAUAUUGAGAGGAAAAGAGGAAUAGACCCUUAUUGGGCUUCGUCAAUUCAUGUUUAUAAUAUACUAUUGAAAGGGUGGUUUCGAUCAAGACAGCUUGAACGCAUAGAACGACUUUGGGAUGAGAUGAAAAAGGAUAAUGUGAAGCCCAGUGUUGUAACGUAUGGUAUCCUUGUUCAAAUGUAUUGUCAGAUCUGUCAUGUUGAGGUGGCAGUUGAAUUGUUAGAUGAGAUGAGAAGGGAGGGAAUUGAACCAGAUGCAAUUGUUUAUAAUCCAAUAAUUGAUGCAUUAGGGGAAGCAGGAAGAUUUAAAGAGGCAUUAGGAAUGAUGGAACGGUUUCUGGUUUUGGAAUCAGGUCCCACUGUUUACUCGUACAAUUCCCUGGUGAAAGGUUUUUGCAAGGCAGGCGAUCUUGAAGGGGCUAAUAAGAUCCUUAAGAUGAUGAUUAGUAGAGGUUUUAUGCCAACCACUACAACUUAUAAUUACUUUUUCAGGUACUUCUCAAAGUUAGGGAAAAUUGAGGAGGGACUGAACCUUUAUACCAAGAUGAUGGAAUAUGGAUACACCCCUGACCGGCUCACUUACCAUCUUUUGGUUAAGUUGUUGUGCAAGCAGGAGAGACUGGACCUGGCAAUGCAAGUUAGAAAGGAAAUGCAAGCUAGGGGAUAUGAUCUGAACUCAGCUGCAUGCACCAUGCUGGUCCAUUUGUUAUGCAAGAUGCAUAGAUUUGAGGAGGCUUUCGGAGAGUUUGAGGGCAUGAUAGGGAGGAGUAUUGUUCCUCAGUAUGUUACUUAUCAGAAAAUGAUUGAUGAACUAAAGAUACAAGGAAUGACUGAAAUGGCUCGAAAACUAUGUAAUGUGAUGAUCACUGUCCCUCACUCAAUGAAGCUGUCAAAUACAUAUACCAUAGAUGAAGAUGCAUCACGUGCAAGGAAAACAAAUAUAAUACAGAAAGCCAAGGCAAUGUCUGAUACUUUAAAGACAUGCAGGAAUCCGAGAGAACUAGUUAAGCGUAGAAGUCCAUCUUAGAAUGCUGUAUUAGACGUAUCUGUUGCACACCAGUCGGUAGAAAUAUCAAGAGAAGAUGUGAAUUCUAGAGUUUGAAAAUCUUAAGAGCCUUGGUCUUUACAUUCGAGAUUUGACUAAGCUAUAGUUUUUCUGGCUAUGUUAUGUUGUGGACCAUCCCGAUAUUUUGUAUGCAAUGGAUCAGCACGAGGACACCCUGGAAAUAAUUGUCAAAGGUGUUCAAGUUUGUAUAUUCAAUAUUAACAGUACUUGUCUUGAGGCUUUCUUAGGCAUUGGGGGUUGUUUUACCCACACAGUUUUUCCUAUUAAUAUAGUUUGUUAUAGAAUGUAAGAUAUUCUUUUAAAAAAGGGAAAAAAAGAAGAUAAAAACAAAGGGAAUGGAGCUCUGUGUGUACCAAUAUGGAUGUGACAGCUGGGCAUUUGGGGGGACAGGAGUGCUGUGGGCUUCAUUGAUAAAAUGGUACAAAGUUCUUCGAAGAAGAUGGAGAUUACCAACACAAGAAGCUGCUUGUGAUUAAUGUCCAAAAGAAAUGUAUUGCUAGUAUUCCUUUUAAAAAUUUCUUGGUUUACAUCUCCUUAGAGUAGUUGAUAUGUCAGGGAUAAUUACAUACAAUGGGCAUAUAUAAAGGACUUCCCCUAAGGAUUUUGUUCUUUUAUGUUUACACACAGGUUAUAUCAGAAAAAGACAAGGAACAGUUUGGUUUUUCUGAUAUCUUUUACUGGGAUGCUGAUCAUUUUGGGUGGGGAAUGCAUUAUUGUCCCAGCAGCUGCCCAUUCCUUUUGAUCAGUCACAAGAGUUGCAAUCAAUCGAGCUGCUCUGUCAAUUUCUAUGGAUGGUGUAAAGAGGGCAGAGCUUCUUAAGAUCAGUUUUUCUUUGCAGAUGGUACUAAUGCUACAAAAUUGAUUCAUCCUUAUUUCAAAUUUAAUUUUUCAUCAUAUGCCAGCUUCUUUAUCAUUCUAAACUAUAGCCACCUUACAUGCUCAGAAGAUUUAGAUGCUAAUCUCAAAAUUGUUUAUACUUUCAUAAAUAAUUGAAUUGUUAGAAGUGUUGUAGAUUGUAAAUAUGACUUAUCAAUGAUUUUGGAAGAACAUUGAUCUAAGGUCCAAGUCUUUGCGAAAUCUGUAUUAUUCAUUCUUUGAAACA